AUGCAGAGAUGGAUGGAAAGACUGGGAGAGUUUGACUUCACAAUCGAAUACAAACAGGGAAAUGCGCUAACUGCAGCAGACACACUGAGCAGAAUAUGCGAAACGAGACUAAAGGGAGAGGUUGAAAAGAGAAACAGGUCAGACAGAGCGGAAAAGAGAGCAAACGAGAAUAAGAAAGCACACGACAGAGAAAGACGGAAAGAAGCACGGGACUGGAAACGGUGGGCAACAGCGAGAAUACCAGAGGAAGGAAACAGAAAGAAAUACUAA